AUGGAUUUCAAACUUAACAGUGUGAUUACAUUACAUUUAGCUGGAAAAUCACAACCAGCGAUUGUUCGAGGGCUCAAACACUUUAAAGUGAAUAAAGUUUUCGUUUAUCGCACCAUAACUGGUUACAAUGAAACUGGUAGCAUCGCAAAACGUCAUGGAGGUGGUCACCAAAAGCCUGCAACGUCACAUGAGAUGGUCAAACAAGUGAGAAAGCGACUCGAGCGAAAUCCCCGACGAAGUGCCAAUCAAAUGGCAAAUAAACUCAACAUAUCUGACCGUAGCAUCCGCCGAAUACUGAAAAAUGAUCUCAAGGUCAAGCCUUAUAAGAUCCAAAAGGCACAUGAUCUUACGCCGAAGCAGCAGCAAGUGAGACUUCAGAGAGCUAAGGAGUUGCUUCGCCGGGCCGAAAGUGGUAAAUUUCCGAACAUUGUGUUUUCCGACGAGAAAAUUUUCUCAAUUGCGCAAUUCGUAAACUCUCAAAACGAUAGGGUUUACUUGACUGAACGUUCAGACAAGAAUAUGAGCCAUCGAUUGGCCACCAGGAGGCAACACCCGCCACAGAUAAUGGUUUGGGCCGCUGUAACCGCAGAUGGGCGAUCUCCAAUCGUUUUCAUCGUGUCUGGCGUCAAGGAAAAUGCGCAAUAUUAUCGGUAA